CAUACGCCGGUCUCGCGUUGUCAGCCGCCCGGAACGAUCAAUUGAGAGUGCUCGUCGGACACGAUCUCUCACUCGACAACGAUGUCUGUCGCCCUGAGCGCAUAUCGGGACCGCAAUCUGGCGAGCAGUGGCGGUAACCGCAGGCGAUGCGGUGCGUCUUCCCGCAUUCGGCAAUGUUUAAGGUUGGGGUUGCACGUCAAUGCUCGAUUCAGCCUUUCACUCAACCCAGCUGGAUCUGUGGACCUCUGGACACCCCUGCUUUGUUCAUCUGGCCGUGACUGGUGCUGUGACGACCCGGCGACUUGCUUUUUCGGAUUUCAUCGUCUUCUGGUUUGCACUGGCGUCAGCCGCAGUGGCCCAAUUCGGUCGGUACGGACUUAACCACCAGGUAUAAAGGCUCUUCUGGUCUCGGUCUGGUGUCUGGCAGCAACCUGCGUCGCAAUCUCUUCUGGACAUCUGCAAAACACAUCCCCAGUCAUGGGCAACUCUCACUCUCAGCCGUCUCAGCUCGCCGCUGCACCCCAACCUCUUCCACUUGACUCAAAACGACUACCUCGGCCUGUCCCCAAGAAGUCGUCGACGGCGUUGACUGCUUUGACUCUAGGUUGCGCGUCAUCCGCACACAGUUUCGACGAGGUAUCCCCACCAGCCAGCUCUAUCGGUGGUCCCGAAGACAAGCACAGUUUUGAGCAACCGCCACCUCUGUACGCGUCGACAUCCGACCUCCACGAAGACGACGACAAGGCCGCACAGGCAUACAAGACGUUCCUGAAGAAGUACCCCGAAUAUCAGCUCACCUGGACUUUGGACGCUCUCCGGAGAAGCGACUUUGCGAGACUAGAUCGCUCGGGCGAGACUUAUGUCGAUUACAUGGGCGCCUCCCUGUACCCCGAGAGUUUGAUCCGUGUCCAUACUGGUUUCCUGCAGCGUAAUGUAUUGGGAAACACGCACUCGGUCAACAACUCAUCACAGCUCUCGUCCCGCUAUGCGGAAGAAGCGCGCCAGGCAGUGCUUUCGUUCUUCAGGGCACCCCCAGGUUACACCGUCGUCUUCACCGCGAACGCAACAGGAGCCUUGAAGCUUGUGGGAGAAUCCUUCCCCUUCCAGGAGGGCAGCUCCUUCGUUCUUAGCGCCGAUUCGCAUAACAGCGUUCACGGCAUAAGACAGUUCGCCGCCUGGAAGGACGCCAAGGUCGUCUAUAUCCCUUGCUUAGACCAGGGCGGCGUGGACACCAAGACAGCGAUGGACGUAUUAUCAACUCAACGGGCACCGCACGACACUGCCCCGGCUCUAUUUGCGCUCACGGCCCAAUCAAAUGUCACUAACAGCAAGAACAACCUCGGUCUCAUCAAGCACGCGAAGUCGCUAGGGUACAGCGUACUUCUCGACGCUGCGGCACUAGCGGCAACAUCCGUCAUAAACCUGUCGGACUAUCCGGUAGACGCCAUGGCCCUCAGCUUCUACAAGAUGUUCGGGUUCCCGACCGGCGUCGGGGCAUUGAUUGUCAAAGAAUCCUUCCUGGCAGAACUGAGCCGCCCAUGGUUCGCUGGUGGGACAGUCGACCUCGUCCAGGCACCAGGCAUGGUCUACAGAAUGAGUAGUGAGCUCCACUCGCGCUUCGAGGACGGCACCAUCAACUUCCUGAACCUCCCAGCGAUCACCGAUGGUCUGCGAUUCCUUUCCGCGUAUCUCCCCUUCCUCCCCAUUCGACUCGCGUCCCUGACCCACUACCUGAUAACCUCUCUUGCCGAGCUGAAACAUGACAACGGCGCAUCCGUCGUCCGCGUGCUCUCACGCGCUCCCACUCGCCGGCCAAAGGCAGUAGGCGAACAAGCCGAGACCGGCUCCGUAGUUAGCGUGAUAUUCCUUUCGCCCACGGGAGAGAUGCUCCCGCUGUCCUUCAUCGAGCACGCCGCGACAACACAAAAUAUCUCGCUGCGCACGGGUUGCAUGUGCAACCCGGGCGGCGCGGCAGCGAUCCUCGGCCUGCGGAACGAGAUGGCAAUGCUCGACGACCGCUCGACGAUGCGCGACUUUGAGGUGCAGGUCGGCCGCGAGCUCGGCGUCGUGCGCAUGAGUCUCGGCCUCGCGAGCAACUUCCACGACGUGUACCGCGUGCUCCGCUUCGCGGGCGCCAUCGGACAUACAGCGACGCGCGAAAGCAUGUGGAAUACCUGGCAGGAAGCCAGGGCAGCGGGGCUCAGCGGCGGACACUAGGCGAUACCCUGAAUUCUCACCUUUUCCUUGCAUCUUUCCCGCGCUGGCUUGUAAUAGUGACUUAACUGUAUUUGCAACCAGAAGUCUAGUUGAUCUUGUAACGGAUGUACACAUUUCUAUCUUCUUACCAGCUUGUAUGAGUUUACUUAGUAUAGAGGACUCGGUACCGUAAUCUCACGCGACACUCUUGC